UUGAUUUAACUGCACCAUGUGAAACAAUAACACUUAAAGUCGUUUUUUAAUAAAUACAGGGUGGAGAAAUGAUGUUAAGCAAAACUAUUAUUUCUCAUUUCUCCCUGAAGGACCCUUUUGCGUCCCUGCUUUACGGAAAGCUGGCAUUGUGCUCCGGCCAUUCAUGUCUUGGAGGGGCGGAGUUAGCGGAGCCGGAGAGGGGUCAUAACAAGAUGUGUGUCCCCGACUGAAGCAACAUUAUUUCCGCCCUGGUCCGGAGCCGUCCUGAGUCUUACUGAGAGGAGCUUUUUAAAUGGACUCUGAAACGAGUCCGAGCUGAUCGCAGAAGUGACUGACAGCCGCUGAACAGAAGCAGAGGAUGGAUGGGAACUUUUCCCCGGCUGCUAUCUUCUCAGUAGUCCUGCUCACCGUGGCGUUGUCCCCCUCAACAGCUUUCCUGGAGCCUUACGACCUUUUAUAUGACAAUGCGGUUCAGGCGUUUUACAACAACGACUACCCAAAUGUGGUCCGUUACAUGGAGGGAGCGCUCAGCAGCUACAGGGAAGUCCGCCAAACCAAGGUCCGGUGCCGGCUGAGGUGCCAGGACCAGCAUCCCUUUGAUGCCACCUUCUCGGAGCUGCGCUUCCCUGACGUGGUGCUCCGGAGAGCGGCGUGUAUGAACACAUGCAUCGAGGAGAUACUUGGCAGUCAAUCUCUGCACAAAGUCAGCGAGGAUGUAGUGCAGGACUUCCACAGGAGGAUCCCCUACAACUAUCUUCAACUGGCUUAUAAGAAGAUAAAUCAGGGGAGAUUGAGACUGCAGUUUCUAGUAACCAAGGAGCUUGAUGUUUCUCCAUAAUGAGCCUGUUGAGAU